AUGGACUCGGAAACCUUUCGUCAGGCGGGUCACCGCGCCGUGGAGUUCAUCGCCGAAUACUACGAUGGCGUCGCGAAGAUGCCAGUUCGCGCCGACGUGAAGCCUGGCUUCCUUCUGGACUCCAUCCCUAGUCAAGGACCCGAUGAUGCUGAAUCGUGGUCCGAUAUCGAGAAAGAUCUCCACCAAAAGAUAAUGCCGGGACUCUGUCACUGGACACAUCCAGGUUUCAUGGCAUAUUUCCCAGCAUCGUCUACGUAUGAAGGCAUCCUCGGCGAGCUGUAUGGCGCAACUUUCAACAACCCUGCCUUUGACUGGAUAUGCUCGCCAGCGAUCACGGAACUGGAAUUGGUCAUGGGCGAUUGGGUCGGUGAACUCUUGGGAUUGCCUCAAACACUCAGAGGUAACCCGUCUCAGCCUGCAAGUACAGUGAUCCAGGGGACCACUACGGAGUGUCUUUUGGUUACGAUGGUCGCUGCCCGGGACUGGGUCAUCGAAGCCAUUGCGACGGAUGAAGAUGAAGGAGGCAAAGACCUCGUCCGGAACAGAUUGGUCGCGCUCGCUAGCUCGGAAACGCAUGUCUCCACCAGGAAGGCCGCAGCUGUCGCCGGUGUCAAGUUUCGAAUGAUCGAGUGCGACCCGUCGAGCGGUGUUGCGAUGACAGGGAGUCACUUGCAAGACGCGGUAGACCAGUGCUUGCGCGAGGAUUUGAUCCCAUUCUAUGCGACGGCCACGUUUGGCACUACCAACUCGUGCGCUGUUGACGACUUUCGAAGCAUCGCAGAAGUGAAGAAGAGGCGUCCGGAAAUUUGGAUACAUGUUGACGGCGCGUAUGCGGGCGCAGCACUGGCUUGCGAAGAGCUUCGCGCACCAGCCAAGGGAAUGGAGGACUUCGAUAGCUUCAGCGUCAAUCUAGGGAAAUGGUUGCUGACAAACCUCGACUGCACGAUGUUGUUUGUCCGAAAGCAAUCGACUGUCAUGGACUCCAUGAAGAACGACUGUGCGAUCGUGGAAAAUCCCGCCUCGGCCGAUCGCGCGGUCACUGACUAUCGAGACCUGCAGCUGGCUAUGGGGCGACGGUUCCGGUCGUUGAAGGUGUGGUUCGUACUCAGAUCCUGGGGCAAAGACGGCAUUCGCAGGAAUAUCCGACGGCAUAUCGAUAUGGCCGCGUCAUUUUCUAGCUGGAUCGAUGAGCGAUCGGACCUGUUCGUUCAUGCGACCAAGCCUCAGUUCGCCCUGAACGUUCUCCGCGUUUCGGACCAAGCUGCUCAGAAGAUGGGUGCAAGUCCAGAUUCGGCAACUCUGAAGCUAUACAACGCAGUGAGCGCAAAUAAAGGGCUGUGGCUGUCCAAGACCAGGAUCAAUGGCUAUACGACGAUUCGCGUACUCGCAGCGAACCCCAAGUCAACGCUGGAGUCUUUACGCUUCGUCUUCGAUACAUUGUGCGGAGAGAUGCAUCGUCUCAUCGAUGAUGUGAAUGUUUAG